AUGAUGACAUUGGCGGGGCAAGAAAAGAAAAAAAAACCGGAGCUACGUGCUACGUCCGACUUUACAUCUCACGGGGCAAAUUCUAGGGCAUCGCGAGACUCUCCCCAGACGGAGGACAAGCGACAAUACUACAAAGAUCAAGACUACGGCCAGAUUCCUCCAAUGCCCCCGUCGCCGUCCAGCUCGGCCCAUUCGGUGGCGGGCUCUACUCCGCCCUCUCCCACCACCACCAUGACUUCCACGCAAACCGACGUGGAGAAUGCUCCAGAACAGGCCACGCCGGCUGGAGACAACCUUCUCGAUGAUGUCUUUGGCUCGUCACCCCCCGGAGAUGGCCUUGCCUUCUCAAACACCCCAGAAUCCGGCUUGCAGCCCACGACGGCAGACCCGGCGAGGCCCGCACCGUCGGCCGUCGAACCCUCUGAUCUCCCCUCCCUCCGUCGCCAACACGUCACGGCUGGAUAUCGCGACGGCAUCUCGUUCUCCAAGUCGCAACAUGUCCAGCGCGGGUUUGACGCUGGGUUCCCCGUCGGCGCGCAGUUUGGGCUGAGAGUGGGCGCGGUGCUGGGGAUACUCGAGGGGGUCCUGAAGGGGCUGGAGACGCGGCCUUCAUCCGGGCCGGUUAAGAAACGAACUGCUGAAACAAAAACAGUCGAAUCGGAAGCCGACAGGGAAGCGAGGGAGAAAAGAAUCGAAAAAGUCAGACAGCUCUAUCAGACGGCCGUGAAGGAGCUCAGCGUGGAGUCUGUCUUUGGGAACGUGACUGCCAAGGAGGAUGGCACUGAGGAAGAAAAACCAGAGACACAGCUUGCGAGGAAAGCAGAAGCGGUCGUCUCCAAAUGGGAGAAGAGAGUCGCAGUGCCGAAAUGGGAGGAGAAUAUGGAGUCGCUGGAAUAG